AUGAACUCGAGCGUCGACUCGGAGCAGAAUCUGGUGGAUGUUGUCAAUGAAUCAAAUGGAGUAGUCAACGAGCCACUUGCUAAGAAGAGUAGGAACGAAGACAAAUCCGAUGAUGACGACGAAGAGAAUUCAGCGAAGGAUAUUAGCCGACGACCACCGUUUACAAGGUCGCACAAAAUUCAAAGAAGCGGUGGGAAAUUUCACCUGCUCAUUGGAGUCACUGGAAGUGUAGCGGUUAUAAAACUAGAGGAGCUCAUACAAAAGUUGUAUCAGAAUUGCCCAGAAAACAAACUUAUGAUAAAGGUAGCUGCGACAAAGUCAGCUCUGACUCUUCUUGAGACUCAAGACUUCGAAAUAGAUGAAGUGAUAUAUGAGGACAGAGACGAAUGGUCCAUGUGGAGAGCACGGGGUGAUCCGGUACUACACAUAGAACUGCGCAAAUGGGCGGAUGCAAUGGUGAUUGCUCCUUUGGAUGCGAACAGUUUGGCGAAAAUUGCUAUGGGCAUCAGCGAUAACUUGGUCACAUCCAUUGUUCGAGCUUGGGAUCCGAGAAAGCCGUUAUAUUUUGCACCAGCAAUGAACACCAUGAUGUGGGAGAAUCCACUUACUUUCCAACAUAGAAAUACCCUCAAGGAUCUUCUCCGGUAUAAGGAAAUUCCUCCAAUGGAGAAAGAGUUGAUGUGCGGCGAUACAGGCACUGGUGCUAUGGCUACCACUACAAUGAUAGCUACAAUUAUCACCACAGUCGUUAGAAACAGAUUUGCAGUAUAUACGCCCUGUGAUGUGGAUCCGCCUCUAGAUCUAUAG